AUGGCAGACACGGACAAGGGACUCCCCGUCAGCUGCGAAUGCGGAUACAUCAAGUUCCAGACGCCAUCGUCGAAGCCGCUCGGAAUGGCAUGCUGCCAUUGCACGUCUUGUCGAAAACAGUCAGCCUCAUUCUUUGGUACCUCGGUUUACUUUCCUGCCAGCGAGAUGUUUCCUCUACCGGCCGAUCUCGAGUCGAAGCUCUCCGUCUUCACCCAUCCAGCCGACAGCGGCAACACGAUGCACUGCUACUUCUGCCCCAAGUGCGGAGUUCGCAUUCUCCAUGCUGGCGUGCUCCCCGAUGGCAGCAUGCGCCCUGCCGUCUCUAUCAAGGGCGGAGUUAUCGAUUCUGGGCUGGAUUGGAAGGAGAUGAAGCCCAGGCACAUCUACACUCGAUCCGCGGUCAUGGACUUGCCUGAGCAGUGGGAGUGCUACGAGACCACUGCGCCAGCACAGUAUGGCCCACCGCCGGGAGAUAAUGGCAAGGACAAGAAGAAGGAAGAAUGA